UGUGUGUGUGUGUGUGUGACAGGGAGAGGGAGUGUAAGGUGUAGCGCAAACAGGUGUAUCUCUCACAGGUAAAGCUGCUCCUUUUUCCCAAUCUGCCAGCUCGAUGGUUUAAGUUCUCAUAACUGAGCAACAAAAAAACAAGAGGUUUUUAUCAAUCGUUGCCAUCUGGACAUUUUUUUUGGGAAAGGGACUCAGACGACUCCAACAUCCCUGAAGAUGAUCUGACAGCUGAAGGCAUGAGAGCGCCUCGUGCUCCCGURUUUCCCUGAGGUUUAGGAUCAGAUUACUUGGACUGAUGAGCUUGACCGCAGUGCUGAAAUCGGCUCAACGUGUGCAGAGUUAGCAGCACCUGCUGAGGAGGAUGACAUCUCUGCUGAACAGCCUUUCACUGUGUCUGUGUGCUCUCCUGAUCCACGUCACAGUGGGACAGGGACAAAUACAGACAGUGACUGUGAAUCAGCCUCUAAAACUGUCCAUACGCUCUGUGGAGGAGCAGGAGACCACCCUGCCCUGUCACUAUGAACCACAGGAGGGUGAAGUGGUGGUGCAGGUCACCUGGUUCAAGGUGAAUGCAGAUGGCUCCAAAGAACAGAUGAUCACUGCACACUUCGAAGAAGGACAGACAGCUUUCGGGUUGUGGUUUAAAUACGUACGCUUUAAAAGUGAUAAACCCACUGUGGACUCAUCCCUGAUCAUCUUGAGCACAAGGGUCUCUGAUGAAGGAGAAUACAUCUGUCGCAGCAGCAUCUUCCCAGCUGGAUCCUUUGACACAGAGAUGUUCCUCGUUGUGUGGACCAGUCCCAUUUCCUCUGUGGAUCCUGUGGUUGUGGUGGAGGAGGAGUCCUCCAAAAAGGUGGCUUCCUGUCGCUCUGUGGGCCGCCCACCACCCAUGCUCUCCUGGGACACGGAGCUGAAAGGCCAGGUUAUCAAUCGCUCCUCCGACAAUGGUGCUGUCUCCACGCACUUCUCCCUGUACCCUCGUAGGGGUAUGAAUGGCAAGAAGCUGGACUGUCUGGUGUGGCAUCCCCUUCUACCGACCCCACGCAGGAUCGAAAACAGGCUGGAGGUGCUCUUCCCUCCGGUUGCUGAGGUGUACGGAUACAAAGAAGACUGGACUGUUAGUAUGGAGAAUGCUGUCCUGAGGUGCAUAAAUGGAGGAAACCCCAAACCAGUUGUUACUUGGACCAGGGAGGGUGGAGCACUGCCGAAAGGAACUCAAGUUACUGGUGACGAACUAGUUUUUAUCCAACCCCUGAACUUCUCAGACGGGGGCACAUAUGAGUGCAUGGCAAAGAACAAAUUGGGUGAAGCAAAGGCGACGGUGACGAUUGCUCUGAAAGGGCCUUACACUGUUACAGAGCCUGAUAAAAUGAUCAUGAUCUACAUAGGAUGCGGGGCCGCUGCGCUGUUUCUCUUAAUGGUCAUCCUUAUCAUCAUUCUCAUUUGCCACCACAAACGCAAGAAACAGAAGCUAAAAACGGAGCUGUCUAAAAAAACGGAAGAAUGCACUCUCUACAGACAAGCUUCUUUCAGGAGAGUGAACUCUGUCAACACUGAGAGAGAUGUGACAGAAGAAAACAUCCCUCUGAGGGUGGARGGAACACUGAGGACCAGCCUGUCUUCCCUCGGGCAGGAGCUGGCCCACUGCCGUGACAGCAGGUCUACCAUCUCAUGUGGCCGGGGGGGCUUGGGGGCGUACGACUCCCUGGGUAGACCAUCUCUGAACAACAACUCCCGGAGGGGGAGGCUUUUUGAUCGAGAUGAGGAGGCAAGGCUCAGAGUGGAGUCAUAUGUGAAAAACAGCAACAUGUCCUUGUCUUUGUCACAGGAGAGCCGUUACCAACCUCCUCUCACGCCAUCCACCUUCCCUGCUGUACACCAGACUGAGGCCUUGAGACACAUGAAUGGCAAUGCCGUAAUGCCAGCAGAUGGGGGCUCACGCCCAGGAAGCUUCACCAAGACCUAUCAGCCCCCUCCUGUGAGCUGCACCUACCCACCGGUUACAGACGACGAGGACGAAGUCGACGAAGGGCUGGGCGGCCCUGCCAGUCAAGAGCAUCCUGACGAUCAGGACAGCGAGCACUCCGGCUUGUCUGACUUUUCCAAACUCAGAAAGAGCCCCCCAAUCAUCAAUCCCCAYAAGAGUAUAAUCCACAAAGCCCACAUUGUUUAAGUUGUGGCCGGACCACAAUUUGUGUAGGCGCAGAAAUAAGGUCAUCCAGAAACUCGUCCUGUUGUCCUUUGUGACAAAUCUAAACCUCAACUUCAAUGCUGCGUCUUUUGUUUUCUCCAUACUGUGGAAACUGUGUGCAGAGAAGUCAUCAAAAGCUCUCUGAUCCUACACAUGAGCUAUUUGCUCACAUUACAGGUUCAAACAAAGGCAACGCUGUGUGUUCCCACCCUGUGCAGCUACCACAGUGUUAAACUGCCAGGCUUUUUCAGUGCAAACUUUGCCUUCACUCACUUCACCUGCAUGGAUCUCAAAGCUCUCAGGGUUGCACGUUGUUAGGAAUCCAGAAAAUGCAAGUGGAGUAAAAAAAAAAAAAACUGAAAAAAAAAGUUGUGGGAAAGUAUGUAAAUCAAACAAGAAGAUUGCGACACAUCCACCGCAAGAGCGUGUUUUUAUGCUCAGGUGGUGUUUGGCGUAAAAGCAACUGUGCAGGUUUUCCCUCCAACACAACUGCUCGGGCUUUGAUCCAGAACUCUGACAUGUGCGUCUGAGGCAGCGCCUGAACCUGCGUACCUCCUGUACUUUACCUGUGUCUUCACCUCAAGCAUUGAGACUGGUUCAAACUUUCAGAAUGAGUUUGCCCUCUGUAAAUCCGUUCAGAUGCUCACAAGUAUUCAGUUUUUGUAUGAAUCAUAUCUCUUCACCUGGUUUUUUGAUAUAAUCCAUAUUACUCUGUUCUAUGUUUCUGUCUGUAAUGUCAAACAGAUCCUUAAUAAUUUCACACAGCUUCAUGACCUGCAGCUCCAGUGCCACAUGUGGCCAUUUCCUCCAUCUGCAGCGACUGUAACCAAAAAUAACAGGAAAAUGUAUAUGAUUGAUAUUUAUACCCACAACAGAUCAGGCUAGUUUUAACAGCUUUCCUGUGACUUUUUUUGCAAACUUGUAAAUAAUACUUUUUUUAGCGUAUUAGCCACUACAUUAAUUCAACUUUUAGCCAUACAGUGCGCUCUUUAUGAGGCGCUAAGUGUAAAAUGAAUUGUUAAAAACAUUUGCUAACGUUUUUCAUUAUUUAGCUCACUUUUUGAGUGUUAAAAUUUUU